CGACCCCUGCGAUUUCUGCGACUUAGCGCCGUAUGAAAAAGUUACAUUUGUCCAUACAGAAAAUUGCAUUUCAACAAAACUGUACCCGAAGUACAUAUCAGUCACUCAGUGAUGACUCAAAAUAUCAUUGUCAACAGAUUUGGAGAAAUUGCCACUAUGUCUUUAGGCUGUCUUCGUCAGACGAGAGACGCAGUUCCGACUCUGAUUACUGGUUGCUACGAAAUGAUAACGUUGACAAACCAACGAAGUCUCAAACGACCCGCUUGUACCGAAAAAUGAGACCUCUGCCGGUUGCAAUGAGGUUGUGCGUGCUCUGGUGUGAUUGGUCGAAAAGUGGCAGGCUGAAGUGUAUAACGAAGGUUAGUACUGCGCUGAGAGAGUCAGCCAUUAUCGUUUUGUUCGCCGAGUUGGUUGGUGGCAAGUGA